AUGUCUGUUACUUUACACACUGAUCUCGGUGAUCUGAAAGUGGAGAUUUUUUGCGAAUCAGUGCCCAAGACAGCAGAGAACUUUCUCGCUUUGUGUGCAAGCGGCUAUUAUGAUAAUAACUCAUUCCACAGAAACAUUCCCGGCUUUAUGAUUCAGACUGGUGAUCCUACAGGUUCAGGAAAAGGUGGUAACUCUAUCUGGGGACGCAAGUUUAAUGAUGAGAUUCGGUCCACGCUAAAACAUAAUGCUCGUGGUAUCCUUUCUAUGGCUAAUUCUGGUCCAAACACAAACGGUUCUCAGUUUUUCAUUACUUAUGCGAAACACCCUCAUCUAGAUACAAAAUAUACAGUGUUUGGAAAAGUCAUUGAUGGUGCUGAUUCUACAUUAGAUGCAUUGGAAAAGCUUCCAGUAGAUGAAAAGAACAGACCACUUCAAGAUAUUCGUAUUAAAUCAGUCACCAUCCAUGCAAAUCCUAUUGCCGACAAGCAAUAA